AUGAGUGCAUUUACGCCAAAACGAAAAGCGAAAGUAAUCAAGGUUCUUGACGACGACGAAGAUGACGCGGGAAAAGCGUCGCCAACUAGUCAAGAGCCAGUAAAGGAUGGUGAGUCUGCAGAUCCCUUCCAGAGACCUUGCGCUGAUAUUUUUCGCAAGACUAACGAGUCUCCAGAGGGUGAACCGGUAGCAGUCAAAUUCACAAGGAAGCCUUUUCGCCAGUCUGGUUUGCGCAAGAGCAUCAACUUUAACGAGACCGACGACUCGAACGGCGGCGUCGCAAUCGGCGCAACCACGAAACCCAAACCCAAAGUCGCUGCACAGGACGAUGAGGAUGAGGAUGGACCCGUAGUUAUUCGUCCGUCAGUGAGCCGUUCAAGCUCACUGAAGCAAAAGAAGCGCCAGUCCUCCUCAAGAUUGUCAUUUGGUGGUGCUGGAAGUGAUGGCGACCAGGGAGCAAAGUCGGGAUACACGACCCCCAAGAAGUCGACUCUGGGUCACCAGGCACUCGAAAACAGUGCGCUCAAGAACCGAUUACCCAUGCGAUCAUUCCGCGACGAUGAUGAAGACCGUCCAAAGUACAGCAAAGAAUACCUCAGCGAACUACAAAACGAGACGCCAAACACGCCGCAGAACCUAACGUCCCUGCGCAUAGAAGACGAAGACGGGAUGGAUCUAGACUCCUCUGAGCUAGAGGGCGCAUUGAUAGUGAACCAGGAUGAGUUUGCAUCUCAGCCGGCCCAAACAAACAUUCUCACAGAAGCCGAGAUCCAGGAGAGGAAGCAGCGCAGGGCUCGGCUGGCGCAAGAGCAAGAUGGCGACUUCAUCUCCUUUGACGACACCGAGGACGGCGGUACCUCUCUGCGGAAGAAGAAAGCCGAAACUCGCCUCGUCGCCGAGGAUGAAGAUCUUGGCGAAGGCUUCGAUGACUUUGUCGAGGAUGGCGGCUUGUCGCUGGGUAAGAGGGCCGAAAGGGAGGAGAAGCAGCGCCGCAGGCGCGAGAUGGCUGAGCAGAUUAAGAUGGCCGAAGGAGACUCGGGUGAUGAGUCCGAUGCGUCGGAGGCGGAACGACGUGCAGCUUUCGAGGCGGCACAGACAAGGUCGGGAAUGGACGGCUUAGAGAAGCCCGAGCGCAAUCCCACCGAACAGCUCCUGCAGGUUCCGCCAAAGAUUACGCCGCUGCCGAGUCUGACAGAUUGUCUUUCAAGGCUACAGGCUACAAUGCGCGCCAUGGAGCUCGAGCUUGCGGAGAAGAAGAAGCGGGUGGAUGAGCUGACACAGGAGAAGGACGGCAUCAUGGUCAGGAAGGACGAGGUGCAGCAGUUGCUCAACGAAGCUGGACAAAAGUACACUACUGCUGUGGGCAACGGAGCUUCGGUCGAGUCGACUACGCAAUCGCCAGCUAGACAGAUUACGAAUGCCGGAGCGAGCGAGCUGAGGGUUGAAAGGGGCCUCGAGAGCCUGGGAACGACACCGAAUAAUCGUCCAAACGUAGGAGAUGUCGACUAG